AUGGGUAGAGCAUAUGCCGAAUUUGAUGGAACGAACCCGCUAGAAAGACCACCAUUACCAAAGUUGAAGUCAUCUAGAAAGCUUGCUGUGGUAUUGUGUCAGUUAAAUAAACAGAUCCUGCCAGAGUAUCUAGCACACUCCAACUGUAUAGAACAACUUCACACACUGAUAUACUGUGCAGCUGUUGCAACAGUAAGAACACUUGGUGUCAAAAUGCCAACUCAAAAGAUUACUGAAAAUUCAGUAAAACCAAUAACACCAAAAUGGGAAAAACGUCUGGAAAGAAGAACGGCAGAAAUUCGCAGAGAUAUCGGACGUCUUACCCAAUUCACACGAGGAAUAACAACUCGAAAAGUCCGAAAGCAAGCUAUGGAAAUAAUGCAACGACUCCACCAUCAUUCUCACCAAGACGCAACUAACAUCAACGAGUGGCAAUGCCUUGAUACCUUGAAGCAAAAACUGUCCGUAUAUACUCAGCGAUUGAAAAGGUAUAAAGCGUCCAGUCACAGAAAGCACGACAAUGCGCUCUUUCAACGAUCCGAAAAGGCAUUCUACAGGAAACUGUCAUCCGAACCCCAGGAAAAGAGCAAAACGGUGCCCACAAAGGACCAAGUAGAGGAAUUUUGGGGCAAGCAGUUUGGCUCGACAGCUUAUUACAACAAGUGUGCAGGAUGGAUUACAGAUGAAGAAGCGAAGAGCCAUUAUUGCAAUCCCAUGCAGUAUAGGGCAUAUACCAAACAAGAAAUCGUGGAUAUCGACCAGGUCAUUCCUACCAACAAUUACAAGAGGUUCAUACUUAAGAACUUGCAACAGUCUGAUAAAUGCAGGUACGGCUGUCAGGACUCCGAAACAAUACAGCACGUAACUGGUGGAUGCCAAGCAUUCGCUCCAACGGACUAUAAGGAGCGCCACGACAUAGCUGCCAAAAUCAUUCACCAGGAGUUGGCAUACAAAUUCAAACUGAUCGAAUGCAAGCUACAGUACUACAAAUAUACACCGCAAUGUGUCCUCGAGAACGACAAGUAUAAACUAUACUGGGAUCGCACUGUGCUUACGGACCAAUACAUAAAACAAAACAGACCUGACAUAAUCAUUGUCGACAAGGACGCCCAGAAAGUAACACUGAUUGAUGUGGCCAUACCUAAUAGUAACAAUUUAACAUACAAACAUAAUGAGAAAGUUGCAAAAUACAGGGAGCUAGAAUUUCAAAUUAAACGCCAGUGGAAAAUGAAGUACGUGGAAACAAUACCAAUAAUGUCAUCUACAGGGGUGAUACCAAGAAGGCUGCUAGAAAACAUCAAAGCGCUGGAACUGAGUGAAAACAUUUACAAAAUCAUACAGAAAGGAGUUUUGCUGGCAACUGCCCGCAUAGUAAGAAAAUUUAUGGGAAAUGCAAGUACCUAG